AUGGCGAGCGAGCCCGAAGAUCCAGCGAUAACGUCUUUACGGGUAGUAAGCCGGUGCAGUGGUGAAGCGAUGUCGUGCGAGUUAUGGGAGGGGCGAAAGUCUCCAACACAAGAAAGCGUCCUGAGCCAGCUACCAUUCCAUUCCAAAGAACGGAAAAAUUGCAUGCAUGGCCUUUGCCCCUGGGAUUCAAGGACUUGUGAUCGUGCUGCUCGAUUUGGUCAUUUGGAAGUCCUCCAAUAUGCCCGUGACAAUGGCUGUGGAUGGGAGGCAUCAACAUGCAGUGAAGCUGCCUUGGGUGGCCAUUUGGAAAUCGUGAGGUGUGCCCAUGAAAACGGUUGUCGAAUGGAUAGAUUCACUCUAAGGAAUGCUGCUAGCAAAGGUCAUUUGAAUAUCAUGCAGUAUGCCCACGAGCAUGGAUGCAGAUGGUGCUCCUCUACAUGCAUACUUGCCGCCCAAAAUGGCAACUUUGAAUGCCUCCAAUAUGCCCAUGAAAAUGGCUGUCCUUGGGGUAAAGCAACCUGCUACGAGGCUGCUGCAAAUGGCCACUUGGAAUGCCUACAAUAUGCCAUUGAAAAUGGCUGUCCAUGGGAUGAACGUGUGUGCUUGGAAGCUACUAAAAAGGGCAAUUUUGAAAUUCUGAAGUAUGCCUAUGAAAAGAAUGACUGUCCAUGGCACAAAAGAACAUAUGACUUGGCUGCAAAUCAUGGCCAUUGGAAAAUAUUGAAAUAUGCAAUUGAACAUGGCUGCCCUUGGAAUGAAGAAGAUGUGCUGUCAAGGGCCACUUAG